AUGCGGGCUGCCGCGAACAAGGGCGCCCGUCUCGUCGAGGCCAUCCAGUUCAUGGAGGAUAUCAAGGGAUGGGACACCGCGGUGGCUGGAGUAUGCACCAUCGCAGAACAGGCCCUUCGCGGCAAGCCAAACUCCAUAGAAGAGUUCAACGGUAUGCCCAGGAGCUCUAGGAGGGAGUACACCAGGAAAGCAGGCGAAUUACAUUCCAAGGUAUCCGCGAUAACCGAACGGAAUUGGAUGGCGAUUGGCGCGCAUCUCAGCGCAGAAUUGAUCACCAAACUCACCUUCUCCAAGAAGGUCAAGGCCUUCGCUGAGUUCCCCGAGGCAGAGCAGGGUACGACCAUCCGCCGACUGAAUCAGAAAGUAUACAAACGAUGCGCUGCACCGCCUGGGAUAGGUCGGAAUCGAGAUCCCGUGAGCACAAUGCAGCUGUCAAGUCAAUAUUCAUCAUGCUCAGUCCUGAGAAGCCGAGGCCGGAAUGAAACCCGCAGAUUAAGGCCUGACACAAUGUUCAACCGACGCCGACGCGAUGUUCCAUUCUUCAAGUCACUCGCUGGCGCCCAUGACCUUCAGGUCAUGGAGAUGGGCGCAAGAGGCUCUGGGAUUGUCUGGGCCUCUCAAAGAUCCUAA